AUGAGAGAGCAUUCUAGUGUUACUGAAGAAGAUUAUGAAGUCACAACUUCAUCUGCACUAGAAUCUCAUAUUGGAAAUGACUCUGGAGCAGCUGAGAUAACUUCAGGUUCUACUAAUGCUGGCUCACAAAGUGAAUCACCAAGUUUUACUCUUGUGAAACUUAGAGAUAUAACGGAGAUAUAUGCUCGAUGUAAUAUGAGCAUCAUUGAGCCAGAAAAUUUUCAAGAAGCCUUAAGAGACAAAGCUUGGCAACAAGCAAUGGAAGCUUAG